GCUCUGUGGACCUGAGAGUAACCAGCACUGGAGGCUGAGCCUGUGUUCCCUGAAGAUGCCAAGGCCCUGAGCUGACCCCACCCCAACAUGUCCUGGAGACCAGACAGGUCUUGGCGCGGAAGAUGGCCGGCGGCGUGGACGGCCCCAUCGGGAUCCCGUUCCCUGACCACAGCAGCGAUAUCCUGAGUGGGCUGAACGAACAGCGGACGCAGGGCCUGCUGUGUGACGUGGUGAUCCUGGUGGAGGGCCGCGAGUUCCCCACGCACCGCUCGGUGCUGGCGGCCUGCAGCCAGUACUUCAAGAAGCUGUUCACAUCGGGCGCUGUGGUGGACCAGCAGAACGUGUACGAGAUUGACUUCGUCAGUGCAGACGCGCUCACCGCCCUCAUGGACUUCGCCUACACCGCCACACUCACCGUCAGCACGGCCAAUGUGGGCGACAUCCUCAGUGCUGCCCGCCUGCUGGAGAUCCCCGCCGUGAGCCACGUGUGCGCUGACCUCCUGGACCGCCAGAUCCUGGCGGCCGAUGGGGGCGGGGACACGGGGCAGCUGGACCUGGUGGACCAGGUGGACCAGCGCAACCUCCUACGCGCCAAGGAGUACCUGGAGUUCUUCCAGAGCAACCCCAUGAACAGCCUGCCUCCUGCUGCUGCCGCCGCCGCUGCCGCCGCCGCCUUCCCGUGGUCAGCCUUCGGUGCUGCAGACGAAGACCUAGACGCCACCAAGGAAGCCGUGGCAGCAGCUGUGGCUGCUGUGGCCGCAGGUGACUGCAAUGGCUUGGACUUCUAUGGGCCGGGUCCUCCUUCUGAGCGGCCCCCUGCAGGGGACGGGGAUGAUGGUGACAGCAACCCCAGCCUGUGGCCAGAGCGGGAUGAGGAUGCCCCUGCUGGGGGUCUCUUCCCGCCACCAGUGGCCCCACCAGCUGCCACGCAGAAUGGUCACUAUGGUCGGGCUGGGGAGGAGGAGGCAGCCUCAUUGUCCGAGGCGGCUCCUGAGCCCGGUGACUCUCCUGGCUUCCUGUCCGGCACAGCUGAGGGCGAGGAUGGGGACACAGCCGAUGUGGACGGGUUGGCAGCCAGCACACUGUUGCAGCAGAUGAUGUCCUCUGUGGGCCGGGCGGGGGCCCUGCCGGCGGGGGAUAGUGACGAGGAGUCCCGGGUGGAGGACAAGGGUGUCAUGGACUACUACCUGAAAUACUUCAGUGGUGCACACGAGGGCGAUGUGUACCCCGCCUGGUCGCAGAAAGGGGAGAAGAAGAUUCGCGCCAAGGCCUUCCAGAAGUGCCCCAUCUGUGAGAAGGUCAUCCAGGGCGCCGGCAAGCUGCCCAGGCAUAUCCGCACACAUACUGGGGAGAAGCCGUACGAGUGCAACAUCUGCAAGGUCCGCUUCACCAGGCAGGACAAGCUGAAGGUGCACAUGAGGAAACACACCGGGGAGAAGCCCUACCUCUGCCAGCAGUGUGGGGCGGCGUUCGCGCACAACUACGACUUGAAGAACCACAUGCGUGUGCACACGGGGCUGCGGCCCUACCAGUGCGACAGCUGCUGCAAGACCUUCGUGCGCUCUGACCACCUGCACAGACACCUCAAGAAGGACGGCUGCAACGGUGUCCCCUCACGCCGAGGCCGCAAGCCCCGCGUGCGGGGUGCGCCCCCCGACGUCCCCUCUGCCACCCCUGUGGCCCCCGACGCCCCGCGCAAUGGCCAGGAGAAGCACUUUAAGGACGACGAGGAUGAGAUGGACGAGGCCAGCCCUGACGGCUCAGGCCGCCUGAAUGUAGCGGGCACCGGCGGUGGAGACGACAGUGCAGGUGGUCCUGGAGUGGCCACCACUGUCACUGAGGGUAACUUUGCAGCCGGACUCGCCUAAAAAAAAAAACAACAAAAAAAAACCAAAAAAAAAGAGAGAACAGAAGCCCAAGACAGAGAGAGCAAAAUCCAUCCCCGUCCCCCCAAAACACAAGCAAAUUCUCUAUAUAACAGAUAUAAUCUAUCUAUCUAUAUAUAUAUACACAGAUAUAUAUAUAUAUAUAUAUAUAUAUAUUUACACGGCCGUCACGGGACGGGCACCUGCUUGCCUCAGAGUCUUCUCAUGGCGUGUCCUCCCUUUGCAGGGUCCCUGCCCCUCUCUGUGUCCCCCACCUUGUCCAUCAUGGGGCCCAGGGCUCAGCUUGGGGUCCUGUGAGGUACGAGGACCCCAGGCUCUGAUUAAGGCUUGGUCCCAGCCCUGGGCCCCCGUCCUGGCUGGGGUGAUGGUGAUGUAAGGAUCUUAUGGACAAGAGUAAGCUCUUGUCCCCCACCCCUCACUGGUUUCUCGAAGUCUUUUAGACAGACCUUAAAUGCUUUCUGUCCGCUCUAAGUGGACGUUAAAAUGGUCCCUGGCCCCCACCCUCCUUCCUCAGGGCACUUACUAAAUGGGGGGGUCUCCCUUGGAUCCCCGUGGCCUCCCCACCUCCCACCCCGCCUGUGGCCUCGCACCUCUGCAAACCCCCCUCCUGGCCACCACCGAGACACCAAUCUAUUUAUUCCCAGGCCUGGGGCAUGAUGGAGCCAGGACUGGGGCCCAUGGGGUUUCCAGGGGCCCCCAGAGUCCCCGCCACCCUCCUCAGCACUUAUACCCGGGCGGGGCCCCCGGGGCCACCGCUCAGGGAACCCCUCUCCACCCCAACCCAGGCUACCCAAGACCCCCACAUUUGGAGAUUCAAAACUUCUGUCAACCCUAUCCCCUUUUUAAAGCACUUUUUAGAUUUUUUUCCCCUCCCUUUCCUCCUUAAAGACAAAAUUUAUAUAUAGAUAUAUAGAUAUAUAUAUAUAAAAUAUACUUUUCCUCAGAGGAGCCGGAAAUACUUUCGGGAGACAUAGCCAAGAUCGGAGGGAACCAGGGUCUCGCCAGGCAGGGAUGAGGGAGCGAGCGAGAGAAGCCACAGUUCAGUGUCACAAAAGCAAUAAAACCCCAAGACUUUACUAAAUGGGAAGAAAGAAUGAAAAACACACACACACACACAAAACAAACAAGCCCAGGCCACCAGCCACAUUGGAAAAUCUUGGCACUUUGUAGCAGAACGGGUACUUUAAAUCUUAAUUUAAAAAAUGUUUACAAGUUGCACCCAACUUCUAUGAAAAAUUGAAAAGACAAAAAAAAAGAGAGAGAGAGAGAGAGAGAGAGAGAGAAAGCAAACAAAAAUUCCUAAGUCAAUUUAUUUUUGUACAAAAUAAUAAAAAGAGAAACCCUCCACAGACCCAGAAUCCACUUCUGUUGAGGGGGGUGGCCAGGAAGCCAUGGGAGGGGACUUGAGGAUCCCUGAAUGUGCCAGGCCCACCCGUCUGCCCCAGUUUUUUCCUUCCUUUUUUUUUUUUUUUUUUUUAACUUCUGGACUUGACAUGGGAGAUGUCUAAGGCUUGCAAGCCUGACAGUGGCCACCUGUCCUGUCUGGCUCGCCACUUGCUCCCAGCUCAGGGAUGGGCCCCAGAGAGGGCUGGUCUUCAACCAGCCAGAACCCCCCAGCCUGCAUCCCCAUCCCCACCCUGCUCCCCCACCCCCAGGCCCUGCCUUCUAAUAUGGCUGCCCUGAAUGGGCAUCGUGGAUGUGCUGUACCCCUUCCAGGGCCUUCCACCCCCAGACACCCAUUUUUACUCAGAGGCGCUGACUGUAAUGCCUCCCCCCCACACACACACUGGCACCUCCCUCCUCCCAAACUGGCCCCACAAAAGGCCCGGUGUUGACCGAGCCCUAGGCCACGGAUGGGGCCAGGGUUGGGGGGAUGAUGCUGCCAGGUGCUGGCAUGCCCCCUCACCCCUGCAGGGAGGGUAAAGCCUAGUGUGGGACACUGGACAUGGACCCUUGCUAAGCUAAAGCCCUUGUGGGUAGGCAGCCAGGAAUGGGGGGGGGUGUCCCUGUGUCCUCCUGAUGCCCUGACACCAUGGUGGUCCUGUCUGUGACAAACUUUGUUUUUAAAGGGAAGCUUUUUAAGGAGGCAAAAUUUACAUUUUUCUUACCCUAUAGUUUUUUCCCUUCUCUUUCCCCCUUUUCCCAGUCUCAGUGCCCCCAAAUGUCUCAGGUUCUCCCCUCCUGUGGGGCCAGCAGAAGGGGCAGGCCCAGGGGCGAGUGGUGCUGGCCUCCCUUACUCCCCACUUGCAUGGGAGCAAACUGUUUCAGAGAACCAGUUUUUGAAGCUGAACAGCAACCACCCCCAGUCCCAGAGAGGUCAGCCUGGGGUGGGAGCAGUGAAUUCCCUUCCCCGUCCCUCAGCCCCCUCGCAAUAAACCAACUCAAACCACAUGUCAUACUGGCCGCCAGACUUGGGGGGACAGAGCCCUAGGGGACUCUGGUAGGAACGGGGUGAUGCACAGCCUGCCAACAACUUGACCAUGAACCUCCUUGGGAAUUGCACUAAACCCUAACCCCUGGCUCCGCACUCAGCUUCUGCCAGCCCUGCCCCCAGCCCUGCCUUAACUGCCCGCCCGUCCUGGGGGCCACAGCAUCUGCAUGGGCCCAGAGCCGGGACCCCAACCCCAGCCUGGCCCCCGCCCCAGCUCCACGCAAUCACAUACUGUAUAUAGAAUGUGGAUCGAUUUUAUUUUUCUUCUUUAAAUUAAGGUCGUAAUACAGUUGCCAAAGAUCCCGCUGUGAGGAGGCCCGCUCUCACCUGAGAAGGAAUGGCAGGAGGGGUUGUUUGGGUUGUUUUUUUUUUUUGUGUUUUCUUUUUUUAGUUUUGUUGUUUUUUUUUUUUUUAACUGCCUGGUACAAACAAAGAAAAAAGAAAAAAAAACACAAAGAUUAAUUGUUAUUUGCAUCAUGGUAAAGUUGUGUGGGUGCCUGUGUGCGUGAAUGUGUGCGGGAAAAGUCCAGGUGCAGGGGUUCCUGUGGGGGUUCUGCUGAGGGGACAUGGCCAGAGCCUUUGCCUCAAGCUGUCCCCAGCCUGCAGGCCAGAGAGGGAUGUCCUCUAUCUAGUAGCUGCUGUUGUUGCCUUGCCCCUCCCCCCACUGGCCUUUUGAGAUUAAGGGAAAAAAAGGCAAAAAAAUUUUUAAAAAUUAAAAAAAAUAUAAAAACUUUAAAACCCAAUGAAUGUAAAUGCUGGUCCCGGCCCAACCUGGCACAGGUGUGGCCUGCACCAGCCAGGCUCAAUGGGAGGCCAGCACCAAAGUCCACACCACUGGGUGGUCAGUGGGAGACCCCCCCCAAUGUGGUCAUUGCACCUUGUGCACUUGACCCUUGGCUUCCUUUUGGGGGUAAAAUGGUGGGAGAUGGACUCCCAGUCCCUUCCCUUGAGUGGCCAGGGGACACUUGGGCCAGGGGUGAGCCCAGGCUAGGGUCAGGGCCUCUGGGACAGCGAUGGUGCAGGUAGCCGGGAUUGUAGGAGGCAACACAGACUGAAAGGAAAAACAGGAGAAAAAAAAAUAAAAAAUAAAAACCAGAAAAAAAAGCAAAAAUCCUAUUUUUUGAGAAAGAAAGAUAUUUAUAUUUGCAGUUUUAUUUUAAAAAGUUAUUUAAGCUGAGGAAGCGGCCUUCCCGGAGGUGGGGGGUGGCUGGCGUAGGACGGGUCAGGGGUCUGGGGGCUCUGCACCCCAGGAAACUUACAGUUCAGACUAGCUCGCACUAAAUGUAUAGAUUUACCAUUGGGGGGCAGGAGACGGAGGGCCCGGGGAGACCCCACCCCAGGCCCAGACCCAAGGUGCCUUGGACUUUGGGGGGCCAGGCCUGGCAAGUGGGGGGCAGGACGGCACCCACAGGGUCCAGAGCACAGAGCAGACAUUCCACGGACUGUAUUUGAGAGUCUUUAUAAACAUGUGGGAGACUUGACAACAAAAAGAAAAAUCAGUCGAUAAAAAUGCACUUUUGGGGGUGGGGGGAAAAGCUUUAAAAUAAACAACAAAAGAUGAAAAAUCUUAAAACAUUCAUUUUUCUUGUACAUAAAAAAAAACAAAAAAAUCACUAAAUGCAGCCUGUUAUGACCGCGGC